AUGGCGGCGGCGGCGGUGGUGUUGGGUCAGUGGCCCCGCGCCGGAGUUCGAACUGGGCCGGCGACCCCGCCGGGGGAAGAAGGCUCGCCCGGCGGCGCGGAGCGAGCGGGCCGGAGCGAGGCGAGGCGAGGCGAGGCGAGGCGAGGCGAGGCGAGCGCGAGGCGGAGCGGCGCUUUUGUAUAUUCGCCGCCGCCCGCCGCCGUUCAAAUGCGGAAUGAGCGCAAUGGCCAACGCCACGUGUGGAGGACGCUCUAUAGCGCUCGGCGAGACUGGGAUGCCGAGCGACAUACGAGCGUAGAAUAUACUGACAAACGCCACCAUUCAUCUUCCUACAUUUUUGCCGGGUUAAGAAAGGGCCCAUACAACACCCCCAGUACGCCUGUACGCCUGCGACACACCCUUGCCUUCAUCACAUCGUCGCUGCGCUCUCACUAUUGCCUGUUCGUACGGGCAAACCAAGAUGUACGGCGGUCGCGCGCCGCGGGUGUUCCUGGAACACGGGGGCGCCCGCCAGGAUGACGCAAUCGAUUCGGUAUCGAUGCCUACAACAGAGGGAAGUUAGGUGAAGACCUGAGCUUCUGCGGGCACAAUCAACCGAAUGCUGCCGGCUGGCCUCGCGACGUUUCAGCGUAGCAUCUUUCCUGAACGUUUGUGAUCAUGGCUGUCUAUAUAACGUUGGACGACAAGUCUGCAAAAUACUCCAAGAUGCAGGGUUGCUAUGACAGUCAAAAGAAUUCGAU